AUGAGAUCGUCGCUCACACUCGUCUUCUUAGUAGCCAUUGGUUACGCCACCGCCUACCAAAUACCACAUGAAAGUCCGAAUGAUUACGGUGGUGAUUGCUACGGUAGUGAUUGUGGUGGCGGUUAUGGAGAUGGUGGGUAUGGUGGUGGCGGAUAUGGUGGUGGUGGUGGUGGUGGUGGUGGCUAUGAGGGUGGUGGAAAUGGCGGUGGUGGUGGUGGUGGCUAUGAGGGUGGCGGAUAUGGUGGUGGUGGUGGUGGCGGUGGUGGUGGCUAUGAGGGUGGCGGCGGCUAUGGUGGUGGUUGCAAUGGUGACGAUUGUGGUGGUUACGGUGGUGGUGGUGGUGGUGGUGGCGGUGGCGGCUAUGGUGGUGGUUGCAAUGGUGGAGGCUGUGGAUAUGGCUUCGAUGAAGCUUUCCCUGCUCCCUAUGGUGGUGAUCAAGGCUACGGUGGCAACGGCCAUGGAAAGGGUGGUAGUAAAGAAAAUGGCCAUGGAAAGGGUCAUGGCGGUGGCAAGGGUGGUAGCAAAGGUGGCAAAGGUGGCAAACCCAAUACUUACAAACCCAAUGCUUACAAACCCAAUGCUUACAAACCCAAUACUUACAAACCCAAUGCUUACAAACCAAACACUUAUGCAAGCACUUACUGA